ACAAUCAACAGAUAUUGGAAAUAGUCGGUGCCAACUUCCUUGACUGUAUCCGCCCACUGUCACUCCUGAUAUCCGGGAUUCUCCGGGCGCAGCUCAGAUCACCUGCAGCCAGGGAGCGCACCAGCGGCAGCGCGCUUUUCCUUACUUACAGAAAAAAAAAGAAGAGGAGAAAAAUCUACUUUGUCUAAAAAAAGCCCUCCAUCCUUAGAUUUGCAAGUAUUUUUUAUUUUAGAUUUUACUGUCUAAUCAUGCAGGAUAAAGGCGCAUUUUUCAGCCCCUUUUGCAGACCGCGGUGUCUGGCGGCAGCGGCUCCGGCUGGAAGAGCGAAACUAACUCAUCCUGGUAAAGCAAUUCUGGCAGGUGGAAUCGCCGGUGGCAUAGAGAUCUGCAUCACUUUCCCCACAGAGUACGUGAAAACGCAGCUACAGCUGGAUGAGAAGGCCAACCCACCGAAAUACAGAGGAAUAGGUGAUUGUGUGAAGCAGACGGUGCAGAGUCACGGUGUUAAAGGACUUUACAGAGGACUCAGCUCACUGCUGUAUGGAUCCAUACCCAAAUCUGCAGUCAGGCGCAACAGACUGAGAGGGACAUAUCAGGGUUUGACUGCGACGGUCCUCAAACAAGGCUCCAACCAGGCUAUUCGCUUCUUUGUAAUGACGUCUUUGAAGAACUGGUACAAAGGUGAUGACCAAAACAAAACUAUUAAUCCCAUCAUUACUGGAGCAUUCGGGGCAAUAGCAGGGGCAGCCAGUGUAUUUGGAAACACGCCCUUAGACGUCAUCAAGACAAGGAUGCAGGGUCUGGAAGCUCAUAAAUAUAAAAGCACACUGGACUGCGCUUUGAAGAUCCUCAAACAUGAAGGCCUGGCAGCCUUUUACAAAGGGACCGUUCCCCGGCUCGGCCGUGUGUGUCUGGAUGUAGCCAUUGUUUUCAUCAUCUAUGAGGAGGUUGUGAAGGUCCUGAACACUGUCUGGAAGACAGACUGAGCCGCUGGUUGUGCAGGAAUGCUGGCACAGAUCUAGGUUUUCCAGAUCCCCUCUGUAUCAUAAAACCAGCUGUGAACAGAUUGGGGUGAAUGGCUGGACAUAGAUCUGUGUUAUGUGCUGACCACCAAGUCAUUUGCAGAUAAUCAGAGGCUCCGAAGUAAAGAAAAGCCAGAAUGGAUGCUUACAUCUGAACUGCUGGAGGUGAAGCAGAGCUCUUAUACUUCACACCGAGACUCCUUCCUCACAAAGUAAAGAAAAAAGGGUCUUUUAUAGUUUAGAAAGAUUACAAAAUUAGUUAAAUCACUGUGAAAAAGCUGUUUUUGGCAUUAAGAUUUAUUUUUAAGAGCUUUUUUAAUGCAUUUGCUUCAUUUUCAUCAUAAUCCAAUCACAAUCUGUCCGUCCAAAUCUAUUUUAAUGAUGUUUACGACAAUAAUUUAGGUGUUUACACUUAUUUUACAUUUAGAGUAUGACAGUUAUUUUUAUACAGUGUAGCAUAAAAUGUUUUUAAAAGUAUCUCUGCAUAAUAUAAUAUAUAUUAAAUCUGUGCCAAAAAUCAAAUUAAGUUUUAUUCACAGUAAAGACAAAUAUAUGACUCAAAUAAUUUCAGAUAAAAUAUUGAAGUUGAUCUUUUUAUUUGAAUAUUAAAAGUAAAUGUAUUUAUAAAGAGCUGAAUGUUAAAUUUAAUCAAGACCAUUUGCUGUUAAAGGUGCCACAUAUGUUAAAUAUGUCAUGCAUUUCUGUUAUUAAAUGGCAUUAAAAUGUUUAUGAGAUUAUUUUACCUGUUGGGUUUCACUGUGAGUUACCUGAAUCAUCCCAAUUCAGUCAUUUUUAAAAUAAUUGUAAUACCUGCAGUAUUACAAUAAACCCUCCGAAUUAUGGCAACCCAGGAAAAGAUAUGAAGAAAAUCAUCAAAGGAUUUAUCUUUUGUCUCACAAUAUGUGAAUAAAUAAUCUCACAUUACUUUUUUUUUAAAUAAUGUAAUCCUUCAUUAAAUUGAAACAGAAGUGUUUAUUUGAUUUAUGUUUUACUUUUAAAAUCUGAUUAAUAAAACUUUCUAGUCUGGAAUUAUUAUUUAUAUUUCCCCAGGGUGUAAAUGUAGUGACACAGAGACCCAUUUUUCUUAGUUACUCUUGGAAGUUGGAAAAUCAAUAGAAGAUUCCACUAGAUUAGGCAGUAAGAUUAAGAAUCAAGCAAUAAUUAUUACUUUUUAAAUUAUUUAUAAUGAUAUUUUUAAAAAGCUGUGACAGAGAGUGCUGGGUGAAAACCUUUCUGUUUCUGAGGCUUUUUGUCAUCAUUUUUUUACUGAGGGUGACAAUAACUGUGGAUCCUGAGUUAUUUCUUUACAGUUUCAGACAUAUAUUAACUCUGUUUCUUUUAAUUAAACAUUUAUUUAACCAGAUUAAAGCCCAUUUAGAUCAAGACCUCUUUCAAGUCAUAAAAGACAAGCCAAGUAAACAAAAAUAACAAAAAUAAAAAUUAGAAACAUAUAAAAUGCAAACAGUUUGGCAAUUAAAUAUAAAAUAAGCUCCUUACAUCAGUGUCAUAAGAUAAAUCCAAGGAAACUCUCAGAGUUUGCAGGAAACUAACCAUCUUCCUUGGAAACGUCCACUUGCAGUCUCACCUCUUUACAUUUCGUAGACUUUUGUAAAACUAAGCAGAAGAAUCACAAGAGAUCGUUUUGUUUGCUUUGAGGAAAAGUUUGAUUCAUUUAAAUCCUGAGCAGUUCACGUUUAAUGCAUUCAGGUUCUACUUCUCACUCAUGUGCCUUUAUGCUGCUGUGUUUGAUGGUGAAAGCUUUGUCUGAGCUAUCUGUCAGUGAUUUCAUGUUUAACUUAAAGCUGUGGUGUAUGUGGUUCGCGUUACUUGUGAUGUGCAGACAGUCCUAACUGGUGUAAUUGUAAUGAUCGUAGUAAAAUUAAAGCCUAAUUUCAAUAUUUUUGAAAGUAAGUCUUUAUUUUCCUGCUUUUCCUGAUAAAGCGGUUGUAUUCUGCGUGGCCAAAUGUCUAAAACAAAACGUGAUUCUGAGACUAUCAGUGUGUACCCGAAGUGUGUAGGUGUGUUUAGGCUGUGAGGGUGACUAAAAUGAUGUUUGUGUAAUAAAUGCUGCCCACAUUGUUUUUGUCAGUA